AGUAAUCAAAGUUCGGAUCCCAAAUAAAAAGGUUUGUAACGCGACACGUUAAGGUGCUGAUUUUGUUUCGGGAAAAUCUAGCCCACAGAAGAGAACAUUCGAAACAAGAUCCUCAAACGCUAAGUGAGUGCAGAAACUUAACUUGGCACUACUGAUGCCAGAACUGAACGAGACGAUCGAAUAUUUUCCAGGCUAGUCGACGUAUAUGGCCACCAAAGGAGGAAGCUCCUCAGGGAUUUGUGAAAGGAAAUUGGAAGAAAGAAGCUAGUGGACCGGUAAAAUGGAGAACAGGCUGAUGGCCAACCGACCGUCGACAGGGAGGACGCUACCGCCGCUCGUCACGGUUCCAGGUCCCUCGGCCAAAUCCGGUGCCCAGCUGCAGACAGGUCGGUCCUUCGACAAGGCCCUACGGAACAUCGGCCAGGAGCAGACCUACUCCCGGCGGAUUCUGGAUAACGAGAAGCAACAGAUCAAAGCCCGCUAUGAGCGGCUGAAGAAGAAGGCCUCCCAGAUCCGGUCCAACCUGACCCCGGAGCAGAUCGCCGAAAUCAAGGGGAUGGAGAGGGCGACUCCCAACGCUCACAGCACCGCCGAGGCCGGUAACAAGGUGGAGCUGAGGAACCAUAGUGCGCGAUUAACCGCUCAGCGCGGCCAGAGAAUCUCCCUGGAACUGACUACCGCCCCAACAGGUUCGGCCGCUAACGCGUACGCCAAGCCACCCACUGCCUCGCAAAAACGUCCCAAGUCGUUGCGGGCAGAGUCCGCCAUCAUCGUCCCAUCUGCGCUUGCGAUGGGUCAGAAGCGAGUCCGUAAAUCAGCGACCUCAGCUAAACCGGACUUCAAGAGCAAGGAGGACGCGAUUCCCAAAACAACUGGGGCGCAGAAACCCGGUUUGACUAAAAAGAAGUCUGCCGAAGACGUAAGAAAAUUAGACACUUCCACGAUGACAUCUUGGAGCGCCUCGCGUCCGAUACCUAUACCGCAAACCACGACAUCGGAUGUUCUGUCCAAACCCAAAGAGGGAGAAUUGAAAAGGGACCGCUCUGCAACGUUCAUAUGCGGCCCACUCACCGGCGGUAAUUCACCCACCAAGGAGGAGCCAAGCAUUGCUGAGAUGCUCAACCGUCCACGGGCCAGCUCAGCCAUGGGCAGGUUGCAAACCAUCCCGGCAAACUCUUCCACACAUCUGCCCACCGUCCCCGAGGAAGUUCGUAAAGUUUACUCCCCGGUGACCACGCGUAAGUUCUCUACGCCCUACCCGCCCACACGGCCCAAGAGUUCCAUCUGUGCUCCAUCCUCCACGCAGAUCUCAUCCGAGCACCGGCUAGCGCCCGUCAAUCAGGCUCUUCGGUUUGGUCGCAAAGUUUCAAGUAUCACCCCAUCCUCUGCCAGGCCUGCCAGCAGACGCAAGUCAUGCCACGCCUUGCCCAGCCCUAGCCCCGUCAGCGCCCCCGUCCGUUCACCACCAGGAACCGCCUCAGUGGAGCCGCCGGCGGCGUUCUCGUGCCACGAGCCCAAACUUGAGGACGUCCUCUCUCGCUCGUACCCGGCCAAAACCCCGGCUGCCAUCCGGCGGAUUUCCACCGCGGUCUCGCCUUUUCAGGAAUCUCGCGUGAGGAAGCUAGAGGAGUUGAGAGAGGCACGCCUUGACGACAACGAGUCGCUGGCCCUUGAACUUGAGCAGCGUAAGGAGAAACUCAUGAAGGGCCUCCAGCACAUUGGAGGGCGCCCUCAAGACGAGGGGAAAGAGGAAUCCGUGCAGGCCAAACCGGAGGAGGUGCCAACCUCACCAGCAAAACUCAAAAUGGAAAAACACGUGGAUUGCAACAGCAAUCAGGAGACGGUAGAGAUCGAGGAUAAAGGCCCGAACACCGCAUGGCGCGAAGAGAUGAUGAAAAUACGCUACCUCCGUCUUCCCAACGACAACGAGGAAGUCAUAACAAGCGACAUGUUGACCCUGGCAACGGCGCAGCAUAAAGCUGUCUCAAAACUGCGCAAAAUGGACAGUAUAUAGCUUAAAUCGCCUUCUGAAUCACCCAAAGGAUCAUAUAAGUCCGUCAAAUAUGGCCAUCGAUCGUCAUAAUAUUUCAAAGACUGAAACGUGAUUAAAUUAACUGAGCUUAGAAAGUAUACAUUGAUAAAGAACAACUAUUAAAAAUUAAAACUAAUCGUUUGCAGCUAUUCAACAGGAAAUUCUUUAAAAGUAUCUCUUCUGAUGAGACAAAUCUUAACGAAAAUGCUUUGCAAUACCAAAAACAGACACACAGUCAAUAUUCAGUGCUUGAGAAACAAAAUAAUUAAAAAUGAUUUUGUUCUAUUUCACAAGGAAAUGUUUAUUUCUUUAUGCUCGGUCUCCAGAUUAUCCUCGAGAUAAUUAUGACAGACGUAAUAUCCAACUAGCGCGCUGCUAUUGUGUCAACCAUGUCCAAAAGGUUAACAGACCAUAAUGCGUUCGGGCGGGGUCAGAGGGCAAUGGGUAUCGUUCAUUGCUAAUAAAACAAAAUAGCAAAGAAUCUCCUGAAACACCCACAACGCGCAAAGCCCGCCGCACACGGUGAGCUACGUGCUGAGCAAACGGCCUCAGAGUCUUUUGGCUCGGCACGUAUAGCUCUCGUGCGCGGCGGGCUCUCGUUCUAUAUACAAACCAAUCCAAAAGCACAGAAUUCAGUGCGCCAGUUGGGAGGCCGUGGGGAGGCCACAUCGCAUUAAUUUGUGACAAUUUGGUGGCCGUUUUGAACACUAUAGCUUCCACAACAUGUGGCCAUAACUGCGGUGUCCCGUAAGUGUUAUAUGAUCACAUGCUCCGGAAUGUUCAUGUAUGUUUUGAACAUACAUACCCAUAACUCUUCAAACAAAAAGACUUUUUUUUCCUAACGAAUUUUGAAUUCGUGUGUUUUUAGCUCAACAAAUCAUCAUG